AUGGGUGACUACUCGAAAGCACUUGAAUUUUACGAAAAAUCACAUAAAAUCUACGAAAUAGCUCUGCCUCCAAAUCAUCCCGAUUUGGCUACUUCAUACAGCAACAUCGGUGGAGUGUAUAGCGACAUGGGUGACUACUCGAAGGCACUGGAAUAUUACGAAAAAGGACUUAAAAUAAAAGAAAUAGCUCUGCCUCCAAAUCAUCCCUCAUUGGCUACUUCAUACAGCAACAUCGGUGGAGUUUAUAGCAACAUGGGUGACUACUCGAAAGCACUUGAAUUUUACGAAAAAGCACAUCAAAUCUACGAAAAUGCUCUGCCUCCGAAACAUCCCUUAUUGGCUACUUCAUUCAACAACAUCGCUUUGGUAUAUAGAGACAUGGGUGACUACAAGAAAGCACUUGAACUUUACGAAAAGACACUGGAAAUCGACAAGAAAACUCUGCCUCCGAAUCAUCCCGAUUUGGCUACUUCAUAUAACAACAUCGCUUCGGUAUAUCAUGAUCUGGGUGAAUACGUGGCAGCUCUUAAGGCUCUUCAAAGUGCUUUUGAAAUUCGACAAAAAGCAUUUGAAGAAGGUAAUCCAGCUUUUGCUUCUACAUACAGCUGGUUUGGAAGAGUCUAUCGCGGUAUGAAAGAUUACUCAAAGUCACUUGAAAACUUUGAAAAGUGUCUCUCAAUAUUUCAAGAAACGUUACCGGAAAGACAUCCAAAUCUAGCUAUUACAUACAGUAAUAUAGGUGAUGUUCAUCGAUUAAUAGGUGAUUAUGAAAAGGCACUUUCAUUUCAUCGAAAAGCACUAAAUAUUCAAGAAAAUGUUCAAUGUAAUCCUCUACAAUGUGCAACAACAUACGUAAAUUUAGGUGAAACUUAUCGACAAAUGAAAGAUUAUUCAACGGCAUUAACAUAUUUUGAAAAAGGAUUAAAAAUUCGUGAAAAGAAAUUACCAAAAAAUCAUCCUGAUUUAGCUGUAGUAUAUCACAAUUUGGCGAAAUUAUAUUUGUCUACUCGACAAUAUAAUAUGGCAAUGAAAAAUGUUCAACAAGCGGUUGAAAUAGCUCAAGAAAAAUUACCUUCAACUCAUCCUUAUCAAGUGGAUUAUAGAGGAACAUUUGAAAAAAUUCGAAGAAAGAUGUAA